AUGGACGACCCAGCCAUGUCCAUGUCCCUCGAAGACAGAGCUGCGCACUUUGCGGCAUCCAGACAGAUGUCGCUAAACCUCAUCAAGCUCGGCGCAGUCACCCUCGCCGAUUAUCUCGAUCCCUCCUUCCGGGACGACGACUUUCCGACCCGUGCACCACCCGCGACCACUGAUGUUGAUGCAGGAGAUGCGAUGUCUUGUGAUGCCUUUCCUCCGCCUGAGCAGCCAUCAGCGCCUCAGCCUGCGCCGCCUCCAGAACCCCCGCCUCCCGAGCCUCUGGCCCCUCCGCCUCCACCCCCGUCUCCACCGCCCAUAAUUUUAACUGAAGACGUAAACUCCGGGAAGACGACAUCGUAUGCGAAUGCUAUCAACCGCCUGCAUGAGACAUCUCAGAGACUUUUCGGGAAUGUCAACAUGCUUGGCUGGGAGUUCAUCGAGGAGGGCACUCGGAAUAAAAAAUGCAUACUAACUAUAACGCACCCAUCUGGCGCGAAGCGUUCGUACACCACCCCUCCGGGUUUCGCCAAGCGAAACGAAGCCAAAUCUGCGGCUGCGAGCAUAGCAAUCGAUCAUGGCGCGCUCGAUUUCAUCUCACAAGGCGAUGCUGAUGCAGCCACCAAGGCCGUUCCUCGUGGGCUAAUCCUCGCAUCGCCUUCCACUCAGCGGGAGUGGCACCAUCGACCAGCACCCGGGGCCAUGGACGUCGACGCGGCGGUGAGCGGUCUAGACCCUAUCGAGGAGAUCGAGGAGUGCUGCGUGAGGUGGAGGGCUGGCGUCGUGACGCCUUACUGGGUGGUACUAUUCGACUCUAAGACAGGCCACAAACAGGGUUGUGCAUUGCGAAUAUCACUUUCGCCUCACUCCGAGCGCGUAUAUAUGGCGCAACCGGUUUUUUCAAGCUUCCCCGAAGCACAGUCUGCCUGCGCUCGUACUGCGAUAUCAGAGGGCGCGCUCGAUUUCAUUAAGUUCGGAAAUGGGCAGACGCAACCUGCCUCGCCUUCGCCGUUUGUGCCGAUUCAUCAAGAGUCCGCGGUUCCAACAGGACUAGAACCUCCGCUUUCCCUACAGCAGUACGUAGAUGCUCUCCCACAACCGUUUCCCAUAUCGCUGGAGGGCAAGACGGCGAUCGAUUUCAACGUAUGCGGUUGGAUGAAUGCGACUAUUCACACAGCACAGGGGAGUCGGUUGACUGCGACGUACAUGUACACGUCUUGUGAAACUGCUGGAUUGCACGGCUGUUGUCUGCGCUUUGACUAUCCCAAGUCCUAUCGGGCAUAUCUUGUCAACCCGCGUUUUCCCAAGCGUGCGGAUGCGAAAGCCGCUGCGUGCUACCUGGCCAUCUCGCACGGCGUUUUGGACUACAUCAAGUCCAUCGCGAAGGAGGUUGAGGAUCGGGUGACAACCCGCAUGCGCAAGUGGGCAAACGAAAAGAUAUUUCCGGCGUUGACCAAGGCAUGUACUAUCCCCGGUCAGCCGAAGCUGGAGCCGAAGUGGGAAUUUGACAAGGACAAAGGGGCAUUUGGUUGCACGUUGACGAUUGAACUCUCGCCCAAUCCCACCCCGUUCCAGGUCCGAAAAUAUACCGUCGAGCCGGCUUAUCGCACCAAGGCCGACGCGAAAGUGGGCUGCAUAUGCCUCGCAGCGGAGCAGGGCCUGCUCGAGUUCGUCCGGUUUCGCGGGAGACCCACGCCCGAAAACUACGUCAUCGACUACGACCUGUCGAGUGCCCCGUCCGAAAACGUCGGUGAGAAGCGCAAGCGGGAAGAUGCAGGCGGCGCUCCAGGGGAGAAGGGGAACAGCGGGAACAGCAAGAAGAUGAAGAAGAGCAAGAAUGUUAAUGGGGAGCGGUGGAAUCGUGGUCCCGGCUUCUUCCCGCACAUUCCUUAUAGUCCUAUGCCCGUUCCGAUGGCGUAUCCGAUGAUGCAGCAGCCCCUGGCGCUUGGGAGUGACGCGAACAUGGGCAUGGGCGGCUACGCUGGUCCGUACGGUGUUCUGCCACCCCAGAUGUCGGGUUAUGCGGCACCGAUGCAGCCGAUGCGGACGUGGGGGCAGCCUUCGCAGCAGGGGGCGUAUCCUGGAGUUGGCCCUUCGCAGCAGCACAUUCACAGAUCUGCAGAACUUCAGGGGGCAGCUGACGAUGAUGAAGGGGUCUGGAGCGAGCCGGAGAGUGGUGAGGUCUCUCGGGCAGCCUCGCCUGCGCUAUACCCGUAUGAAAACCCCACGAAGGGGCGGGAAAGGGCUUCCCGCGAGACAAGUAGGGUGUCCUGGUCAACCUCAAAGUCGGGGUCGACAGAAGACACCCCUGCUUCUUUAAGGCCUGACGGUGUCGGGCACGAGGAUGUUCUGAUGGUGACCAAAACUGGAGAGCCAGAGGUUGCGAAGACCAAUGCCACGACCAAGGUGUCACAAGUGAUCAUGUUGAAUAAAUAUUGCGCGGAACAUGGCAUUGGACGACCUGAGUACCACGACGAGGAGGUUGGUGACGGAACUGGGGGAAAGAGGUUCAAGGUAUGGAUAGUGCUGGACAACGAGAAGAUGGAGCUUCCGAGGACAUUUGAGACACUUGCUGAGGGUCGUGAACGAGUUGCAAAGCAGGUGUUGGCGAGGCUUAAAGGAUGCCGAAGCGUCUGAGCUGGUAUGUGAGUGAACCAUUCUACCUCCGUGAUGCCUCGGUACUGGCGGGCAAGGAUGAUAGUUCGCCAGAUGCUGGGACUAAGUUCGCGUACAAUACAGAAGCAAUGUCCCAGCUACCCCUAUCUAAAGAUCUAAAGUAUCCUCGUCAAAGCAUCAUAUAUAAAAC